UUUUUUUUUUUUAGUAAUUAUAAAGUGAUUCCAUCCACUUCCCAGCACACUGACUCAGGUGGAGAGCUCCCAGCCCUUCACGUCCAUCCACUUCACUUACCAACUGAAGUCGAGAUUCUCCUGGAACGCAAAUUGCCCUGCUCCGCUAUAAAUACUUGGUGAGCAAACCAAAGCACUUCAGCCAGCCCACAUUCGAUCCAAGGAAGCAUCUAUUCUUCCUUGGUAUUGAGCCUGGCCACUCCAUUUCAUACUUUGGAGAGCUCUCAGCGUCCACAGCGUUCUAAAGGGGAGAAAUCUGCCCCCCAGGAAGUUAGACAGCGCAAGGCAAGUAAAGACAGAAGCCCCUUCCCUUUGCCCUGAGGCUUGUCCGGAGAGACAGAGUACUUAAGAAAAGCCCAUGGCGCUGUUCCUGAAGCUCUGCAGUUUGCUUCUGGCUCUCAGCCCUGGCCUCUUCCUGACUAUCAGGGCGGAAUGCAGCAAGGACUGCACCUCUUGCACCUACCGUCUGGGACAGCAUGCAGACAUCAAUCCAUUGGCUUGCACACUAGAAUGUGAAGGGAAAUUGCCAUCUGCCAAAGCCUGGGACACCUGUAAGGAGCUUCUUCAACUGACCAAGAUGGAUCUUUCUCAGGAAAGUGCCAACAACCAAGGAGAAAGCAAACAAGAUGAGAGUCAUCUUCUAGCCAAAAAGUAUGGAGGCUUCAUGAAAAGGUAUGGAGGAUUCAUGAAGAAAAUGGAUGAGCUUUAUCGAGUGGAGCCAGAAGAUGAGAUGAAUGGAGGAGAGGUCCUUGCCAAACGAUAUGGAGGUUUCAUGAAGAAAGAUUCAGAUGAUGAUGCAUUGGUCAAUUCGUCAGACCUGUUGCUGAAAGAGCUGCUAGGAACAGGGGACAACUCUGAGGCAGGACAUUACCGAGAAGGUAAUGAGAAUGAGGAAGAAGUGAGCAAGAGGUAUGGGGGCUUCAUGAGAAGCUACAAGAGAAGUCCAGAGCUGGAAGAUGAAGCAAAAGAGCUACAGAAAAGAUAUGGGGGAUUUAUGAGAAGAGUCGGAAGGCCUGAAUGGUGGCUGGACUACCAGAAAAGGUAUGGUGGAUUUCUUAAGCGCUUCGCUGAUUCCUUGCCUUCAGAUGAAGAAGGAGAAAGUUAUUCCAAAGAAAUUCCAGAAAUGGAGAAGAGAUAUGGAGGAUUUAUGAGAUUUUAAUACUUUAUUCCAUCAGUCCCCAAAUGCCCUGCCUAGCUUUCCUUUGGAAAGACUGCCUCAUUCAUCAUAUUUUAUUGUAAGGUGUUGCUUGCACUGUACAGUUUUUUACUGUCCUAGUUAACAAUAUGCCCUUCAUUCUGUUAAGUUUCUGUGUUCUUUUGAAGGUCUGCAACUUCUAUUCUAGUCCAAUUUAAGCCACUCUGGUAGUUUUCAUGCUAAUACUGUUUCUAUUCCUCUGUUCUUUACUUUAAACAAAAAUAUCUACAAAUGCUUACUUGUACAUAGAUAGAAUAAAUUCCUCAUGCCAACUGCA